CGCUCCGGUUGCUGGCUCCGCCCCCGGCUGGCAGGCUGAGUUGGGAGCCCCAGGCUGGUUCGGGGCAGAGGCUGGGGAGUUGGAGGUGCCCGGGGGUCGGCACGAUGAAUGGCGCUGCCUGCCCGCUGUUUGAUACCAAGGAGAGGCCAUUGGUGCUGGGGGAGAGCUUCGAGAAGCAGCCCAGGAGCGGGUACCACACAAUCCGCUAUGAUUUCAAGCCGGCGUCCAUUGAUACUUCCUGUGAGGGGAACCUGGAGGCGGGGAAAGGGGAACAGGUGACCAUCACUCUGCCCAACAUUGAGGGUUCCACCACCCCAGUCACUGUGUUCAAAGGCUCCAAAAGGCCGUACCUAAGGGAAUGUAUCCUGAUUGUGAAUCACGACACCGGGGAGUGCCGGCUGGAGAAAUUGAGCAGCAAUAUUAGUGUCAAAAAGACCAGGGCUGAAGGAAGCAGCAAGAUCCAGUCCCGCUUGGAGCAGCAACAGCAGCAAAUGCGCAACGCCAGCAAAACACCCAACAGCGCCAAAAACUCUUCCUCGCCCAUGGAGAAAAUGUCUCCGGCAUCCCCAAUGGAUGAUAUAGAGAGGGAACUGAUGGCGGAAGCCAGCGUUAUCGACCAAAUGAGCAGUUCGGACAGUUCUUCGGAGUCCAAAAGCUCCUCCUCCAGCGACGACAGCUCCAGCGACUCUGAGGACGAGCGAAACAAGUCGUCCCACUCCAAGCAGCCGCUGCAGCGGCACAACUCGGGCUCCAGCGUAGAGAGCGUGCAUAGGUCUCAGGACAACGGGGGGCAGAUGAUGAGUACUUUGCGCAAUGACUUACAGCUCAGCGAGUCCGGGAGCGACAGCGACGACUGAGGAUUGGCCGGUCGGAUUGGGCGGCACAGAGUAGUGAGCCAGCGCCCCAUUUGCACUAGAACUGAUUCUUCUCCGUGACGGAGGGGACGGAUUAUCAGGUUUUUGAUAAAAAAGACAAAUGUAUUUGAUGAAUACGUGGGUAUCGCCGCCGCGUUGCCAUGGCGCCCUGGUUCUGCCUCUUUAUCAGUGAGCGAAUAGCGAAAUGUUUCUUUUUUUUCCCCUCCUCCCUCAGAAUCCGGCAGAAUCGGAGGUUUCGAUGAAUAUUGUUAUUUUAGUGGCGUUUAGAUUAAGUUUCACUAUUUAAUUCUUCUCGGGAGCCAUUAACUCUUCGUUAGCAGACUCUCAGCCAACGGCUCCCCCCCCAAAUCUCAGGGGUCCUUUACAUGUUCCUCCAAACGCAAUGCAACUAUGUCACCGGGGGAGUCAGACUCCUGACUCAGGUGCUUUUACUGUCGCCCAUUUUGUUUAUUCUUCUUAGUGAAUGGGACUGGUUUGGGUGCGUCUCUGCCAGCUAAAUACCCCCCCCCAAGUGCCAUCACCCUUACGCCUCAUGAACUUGUACCAAAGUGCAUUAGUCAGUGUGCUGAUUGGCUGUAAUUGGACUUGCCCUUUUAACUCAGACCUAAAAGGAAUGAUGAUAGAUUUUAAAGGGGAAGUUGACCUUUAAAUCAAGUUUUAGUAGGAAACAUGCCGAUCUAAGCUUUGCAGUUGGUCUUUUUUGUCGUUUAAGGUUAAAAAAUAUUAAAAAGACCAACUGCAAAUGUUGCCUGGGGGUUAAGGAGCUGAUCAUCUCUCCGCAGUGCUUGGUAUUUUUUGGAGACAGUCACAUUAUUUAUCAACCAAUCACAUCGUAACAGGGAUAGUAAAUGCGGAGGGAUUCUGCGGCAUUCCUUGUGCUUUGGGCCCCCCCGCCGUAGCCGUUUGGGCCUCCCCCCGGUACCGGGGCCAAAGACGGACUGUUGCAUCGUUUCUUUGUUUGUUGCAGGAGUCGCAAUCGGUCGCACUGAAAUGUGAAGACAAAUAAAUCUAUUUAACAUUUACCCUC